UUAUUUAGACGUAAAAGCUAAAGAAGUUUAACAGUAUAAUGUAUUAAGAGCAAUGAUAUUUUAGAGAAAAAUACAUUUAUAUGUAAUUAUCUGCAUCCAGCAUGUGGCAGUAAUGAUCCUGAAAACGGAUCCAGUAGACGGGAACGGAGCCGAACUGGGAGGACUGGAGCUCUUCUGGUGAAACGCUGCAGCUGUAUGACGGUGUUUACCCUGUAGAACCGCUCAGAAUCAUGGCUGUGACGGCUGGUCUCUCCCUCCUGACUCUACUGGCGCUGCAGGCCGCGGCUCAGGAUACUACGUACUUUGAGAUCGGCAAGGAUCUGACUUUCGACCCAAAGCCUUCUGAGGCCAUUAACGCCAUUACUUGGAAGCAUAAUGAGAUCAUUGUUGCUGAAUACGUUAAGGAUAGGUAUGAUCUGGAAUAUCUGGGUGACUUAAAAGGCCGAUUAACUCUGGAUGUGACCACUGGAAUAUUGACCGUCAGCAACAUGAGAAAGUCUGACGACGGGGUGUUCACGGUGGAGAUCAACCAAAGAGUCCUUCCUGUGAAAUUUAAAGCUGUGGGGGUCAGGAAGCUGGACGACUGCCCUGUUGAAGUCAUCUUGAGGCCUCCGACAUGCUAUCCCACCCUGGCUUGUGGAGUCUCCUUAAACGAAGCCGAACCCGUCCAGUACUUCUGGAAGAAAGGAGAAGCUGGAGAGUGGGAGGAGGGCGGGGAGGUGAUCACCAUUUCUGAAGAGACUUGGAGAUUUCAAACCAUCACCUGCAAAGUAAAGAACCCAUUUAGUGAGAAGGAGAGCGACCCGGCUGUCUACCCCUUCCACAGGAAAUCCCCUUCUUCCUGA